AUCAAUUGAACGAGUUGAUUUCGGAGAACGAAAAGAAGAAAAAGGAUUUUGUUACGUAACAAUCGAAAACAAAGACAAAACGCAUUUUCAAUUUAUUAAAACUCCCACACGUCCCUUCAUUCAAAUUGAAGUACAGCUCAAAGAUCUAGAAAGCCAGACAGAUCAAAUGAUAAAAGAGAUAGCCAAAUACAAUAUUAGCGGUGCUAUUUUGAAAAUAAUUUAUUACUUGCCGCCUGAGAAAAAAGACAGAAUUGAUAUUGCGGCAAUUCAACAAGCUUGUAGUGCAGCUUGGUAUAUUGUAGGCAUUAUACCAAUUCGGACGCAUGCAACACGAGAAGGCCGUCUGUCUUUGAAAGUAGAUAUGGAUUUAGAAAAACUGUUGGAUUGUUAUUUUACUACUAAGCCCGAAUAUCGUAAUGAUAAAACACGGCUUAUUAAAAAAGCGCUUAUGCUUGAGCAUGAUUCGCAGCUGUUUGAUAAUGAUAAUUGCUAA